AUGACUGAUUCGGAUGCCUCAAGUAAUGACGGCGGGGGUGUUUAUCAGGUUGAAAAAAUCUUGGACAAGCGAACGGUCAAAGGAAAUAAAGUUGAAUAUCUGAUUAAAUGGAAGGGUUAUGACAAUCCUAGUGACAAUACUUGGGAACCAGAGGAAAAUUGUGAUUGUCCUGAUCUGAUUGAGGAAUUCAAGAAGAAUUAUAAAGAGAAGGAUGUCAGCAAGAAACCUACAAAAAAGAGACGACAAAGUCCUGGCCGUUCAAAUUCCAAAUCUGUGAAUACUGCUCUCGCUACAAGCAAGAAAACACGUAGUAAAGAAUUCGUCAUUUCUUCAAGUAGCGAUACUGAAGCGCCUGCUGAAGAGAAGAAAACUGUUGCAAAUGAAAUGGCUCCAUUCCUCGAAAUUCCAUAUGAAGGAAAAGUAUAUAAAUUUCAACAAGACAAGAAAAUUGACAAGGUAUUGGGUGUUAAGAAGACGCAAAAGGAUGAGAAUCAAUUGUUGGCGUUAGUUCGUUAUGAGGAUACUGAUUACGAGCUUGUUCCUACGCCUGUUUUGGCUACCGAAAAUCCUAUUAAGCUAAUUGAAUAUUAUGAGCAACAUCUGCGAUUCUUUUGA